UUUAAUUAAAAAAAAAGAGGGCAGCGAACAGUAGCGGAGGGGACAAGAAAAGGAGAGAAGCCUAAUCCGCGCCCUAGCUCCCCUGGAUCUCCCUCCAUCCCUCGUCUCCCUCGAUCUCCAGCUAAUCUCGAUUCAGACUUCAGUUUCUCACUCCGUCGCGUCUAUCGUCUCCCCCCUCUCAGAAGAACAUCCUAGGUUCAUGCUUAAAAUACGAUGAAACAGCAAUUUCACAGCUUCGAUUGAAAUGGAGGGUCCUCCUUCCAGCGAUUUUUGUUCCGUGUGCCAUGGAGACUACAACAAUCCUUGCCAAGCCAAUUGCUCUCACUGGUUUUGCGGAAGAUGUAUUAUGCAAGUGUGGCACCAUGGAUCUACUGUCAGGCCAUGCAGAUGCCCCUUAUGUCGCCGUCAAAUUACAUUGCUGGUUCCAACUGAGGACUUUUUAAGGCAGCGUUAUGACCCUGAAGUUGCUGAGGUUCUACAAGGUAUUGAAGCAUACAAUCGUCUGUUUGGUGGUCAGGCAACUGGUCUGCUUCAGAGAAUGCAAGAUCUUCCUUUUCUCUUGCGAAGGCUACUGAGGGAGCUGAUGGAUCCUCACAGAUCACUUCCUCUUGUCAUUAAGGCUCGUGUCUAUAUGGCAAUGAUAUCAAGUGUUGUUUACAUUGUAAGCCCUGUUGACAUUAUUCCCGAAGCGAUGUUGGGAAUAUUUGGUUUGUUGGAUGAUCUCCUUGUUGCGCUCCUCUGCUUCCUCUAUGUUGCUUCUCUUUACAGAUCGUUGCUCUAUUUCCGUCAUGGGGGCUCUCGUGUCUGAACUUAAUCCUUGAUGUUAUGCUUAUUUACAUUGUUGUUUCGUCCAUAAUUUGUUGUAUGCUUGUCUUUUUCGUUUUACAUUGUAAGUCCUGCUGACAUUAUUCCAGAGUCAAUUUAUGUUUUAUAAGGUAUGUUAGUUUA